CAAUGCUUAUCGAUAGUCUAGCAGCCCUGGCUUACGUGCACAGUUUGUUGAAAAAAGUGUCAGUUUAAUAUAAUUGAAAUAUUGAAGCGUUUCAUAUUGUUUUUGUAUGCUGCCGCCACUUAGCUGCAACAUAUAUGUCUAUAUAUAUAUCAUAGAUUUUUACCCAGCGUCAGCGAACUGCGUGUUAUUUACGCAACAACAACGACAACAACAGCAAUAACAGCACAAACUAAACAACAAUCAACAAUCCAACAACAGUCGAGAACUCUGCUGUAAUCGGCAGUAAAAUCUACCAACAGCUAAAUAACACCAGAAACAACAACAAAAACUCCCAACAACAAAUUAACAAUCAUGGCGAACAUGGCCGUAUCACGUAUCAAGCGCGAAUUUAAAGAAGUUAUGCGCAGCGAAGAGAUCGUACAGUGCUCAAUCAAAAUAGAGCUAGUCAAUGAUAGCUGGACAGAGCUGCGCGGCGAGAUCGCCGGCCCGCCAGACACGCCCUACGAGGGCGGCAAGUUCGUGCUGGAAAUCAAAGUACCAGAAACAUACCCAUUCAAUCCACCAAAGGUUCGAUUUAUAACACGCAUUUGGCAUCCGAACAUUUCGUCAGUCACUGGCGCCAUUUGCCUAGACAUAUUGAAGGACAAUUGGGCCGCUGCGAUGACAUUGCGUACGGUAUUAUUGUCGCUGCAGGCGUUGCUGGCCGCCGCCGAGCCCGAUGAUCCCCAGGAUGCCGUUGUCGCAUAUCAGUUCAAGGAUAAGCACGAUCUAUUCGUAUUAACUGCCCGACACUGGACCAAUGCGUAUGCCGGUGGCCCGACUACGUUUCCCGAUUGUGAUUCAAAGAUACAGCGCCUCAAGGACAUGGGCAUUGAUGAGCACGAUGCGCGCGCUGUAUUAUCCAAAGAGAAUUGGAAUUUGGAGAAGGCGACCGAGUGUCUAUUCAGUUAGCUUUGCGGCGAAACGAACAACCACAGCAACAGCAACAGCAACAACAACAACGACAACAACACCAUCAUCAACAGCAACAGCAACAGCAACAACAAUAAAAUUAACAGCAGCAGCAAAACACCAACAGCAACAAGUUAAACGAAAACGAAGCAGGCAGGAACAGCAACAGCAGUAGCAAAUUCAAUUUCAGUCAAUCUUGUUUAUGAAUCAGUUGGACAGCAAACAAUUACUAUGCAAAAUUUUAAGUACUCUGUUAAAACACCAAAUAGCCGAUCAACUUUAUUUAAUUGGCAUACAUAAUUCGAGCACACAAACACAUAGAUACUCUAAUACCCACAAGUAGACACAACAACACUACAAAUACACACACACACACACACACAAUCUAUUUAUUGAAAAUUUUAAAUAUUUGUUUUGUUAAUUUCCAAAUUUAUUUACUGUGUAAUUGUAAAAAGCAAAAAAGCAAAAGCUGGCGGUCCAUUCCGGUUCUCACUUGCCCAAAUCGCACUUUCCGUGCGAGUUUUUCAUCUCAAAACAACAAAUUAAAGUGUAAUAAAAGUGAGUUCCGGCUGUGGCCCAAUAGUUUUUCUUUUUCAUAGUGUGGAAUUCAUUA